AUGAAAGCAUAUCCACCUGGGCCUAGUAUUCUUCGUUCUCCUCUUCAAUUCAGUGAGUCUUCGUUAACGGAGGAUGGUGGACAUGCAGAAGCUGAAAACUGCAAACGAGUAGAAGCCAAACAUUUGAAAACCAAAAUUCCUAAGCCUCGAAAGAUCGAAUUUCCCGAGGAUAGAUUACGUAGGCGGUUUUAUAAAGAUCAUCCUUAUGAAUUGUUAAGGCCUCAAACUUUGCUGGAAAAAGAAUCGCCCGUCCAAGAAGAUUGGAAUUCAUUGGAUAAUAAGCAUCCUUCCCUAGUAAAUGGCGAAAGUGUGAUUAAAUAUCAGCUACACCUAAUAUCAGAAGGAAUGGAAGAACAUAAAGCCUACGAAAUAGCGUGUAACGAGUUUUAUGCAAUUCGCGCAAAACAGGAGGUCGCAGAGCGUGUAGCUGAAGAACAGGCGUUGGCUUUCGGCGCCAAACGUCCUUUAUCACAAGUAGAAAAGGCAUUGUGGUUAGAACAUGAAAAUAUCAAGAAAUGCCCACCACAGAUUGUGGUCCAAAAUUCGAGAGCCACCUAA